CACAACUUUGAGGUUUUGUAAUGUUACCGGUUUGAUUGUGUGGAGGAGGCUGCUGAAAGGGGAAUUUCACAUGAAAAUGUUUCUGUUGCAGUCAGUUAGCAUUAGAAGCACCUUUAAACAGCAUUAAGGGAGUUAUUAGCCGGGCGGCUUGCCGUGCAAAGCAGAUUAAUGUCAACACACCAACCAACAAGCGCACCACGACAGCACGGCUGCUAACUUUGCACACACAGUUGUGUGGCUAUUUCAGUUUAGUUGUUUGCUGGCUUUUUUUUUAAGCGGGCUAAAAUUGUCCAGCAGACUGGUGGCUAUUCUAUUGUGCUGCCUGACUAGCUGGUCCUUGAUGUCUUGAUAGGUACAGAUGAACAUGGAAGACGAAUCCCGAAGUACCUGAUUCACUUCAAUGGUUGGAACAGAAGCUGGGAUCGUUGGGCCGCAGAGGAUCAUGUCCUAAGGGACACCGAGGAAAACCGUAAAUUACAGCGUAAACUGGCUCGCAAAGCUCUAGGUCGCAUGAAGAGAAAGGGAUGGGUAAAGAGGCGUCGUCGUCAGUCUGGUACUAAAUCUUCUCUGAAGACUCUCCCAAAGGAGGACGACAGCGAUGACGCGUGCUUAAUUUCAACUUCGGAAAGCAGCGACGGGGACGAUUCUGACCCCGAGUCUUCAAAUAGCGGGGACAGCACCUUCUCUGAGGACAUCAACAAAAUGGUAAAAGUUGACAGUAGGGUUGAGGCAGACGUGAAUGUCAAGAGGGAAUGUGAGGAGAAGGUCGUCCAUGUUGACAUCAACAUCCCCGAUAUUCUGAAGAAGAAACUGGAAGAUGACUGCUUCUACAUCAACAAGAGGAAGAAGCUCGUGAUGGUUCCCUGUCAGACAAACGUCGUGCACAUCCUGGAGUCCUACGUCAAGCACUUUGCGAUCAACAAAGCGUUCAUGGCCAAUGAGCGGUAUAGGCGUCAGCAGAGCACCACGCAGAGCGGCAGUCCACAGCCAAUCCCUCCAGAGAAGAGUGAGGAGCUGUGUAAGGAAAUGGUCGACGGCCUGAGGAUUACGUUUGACUUCACCUUACCCAUGAUCCUUCUCUACCCCUGUGAGCAAGCCCAGUUUAAGAAGGUCAGCUCCUCGAGGCUCUUCCUGGCCAUGAAUGAAGGCUCCCCCUGCUCGAGCAACACCCAAAGAGAACGCAGCCCAAGCCCACUGGGGCACAACCCGCCUACCCCUCAGUCCACAGACAGCCAGCCAGCCCUAAGCGACAUCUCUACUACCACCCCCACCACUCCAGCCCCGACCCCAAAGCGCCGGCGCCACCCCGAUAUGGACUGCAUUUCCUACCAGUCGCAGUCGCUGAGGCGCUCUACCAGGAACACGUCCGGAGGCGACCGUCCAGCUGAGGGAAGCAGCGGCGGUGGAGGCAGCGCCACGGCGUCACCGCAGCUCAAACGGCGAGUGGUCGACACCUCAUCGCAGCCCAAGUUCUUCCUUAACCUUGACAAAAAGACUCCAGUGCACAGCGGCUCCUCUUCCCCGUUGCCUUUGACCCCAAGCAAAGAGCGCAGCGGCCCUUUCUACGGCCUGGAGAGCCGCAGAAACAACGAGCUCAAUGAGGUUUUGAGUUGGAAGCUGACUCCUGAUAACUACCCUCUGAAUGACCAGCCUCCUCCGCCAUCAUACCUGUAUGGGUCACAGCACCUUUUGCGACUCUUCGUGAAGCUUCCUGAAAUCCUGGGAAAAAUGCAGCUGCCUGAGAGGAGUCUCCGAGCCCUGAUUAAACAUCUGGAACAGUUCCUCAGGUUUCUGGCCGAGUUCCAUGAGGAUUUUUUUCCAGAGUCCGCAUACGUGUCGGCAUCAGAGGCCCACUACAGCAUGAAACAACCGAGGCCGGUUUACUGAAGGAAACAUGGGCCACCCACCUCUUCCUUUGCUCGUCUCUUCCCUGACCUCUAACCACCCCCCUCAGCUUGUCUAGCGCUGACCUGUCUGAGCUCGUGUUUACUGGACUAAAUGUCAGCUUUCUCUGGAUUUCCGAUUUCUUCGCCUCUGGCCCAACAUUAGCUUUCUUGGAACAUUUGCUUCUACCGUCCCCACUAACCCUCGCCUAUGCUCUGCGUGUGGCAAUGUCACGCGCGCAAGGCCACGCCUGUGCCGCUUUGCUGUGGUUCAUGUCGAGGGCAGCUUUCUGUAACCCUUGGUAAGACUGAAAUCUUAGAAAACUACUAACCAUCAAAGCCUCAUUACGGUGCUCUGCUUGUCUGCCUUCCCGAUGAACCCAUUUGGGAUACUCGCAAGGGCUUUGUAUGCAGAUUUGCUUGUUUUGGGGGUUUUUUGUCUUUAAGCUUAGCCCCGUCCAAGUCAUGGCUUCCUAUUCGUGGCAGCGCUGCCACCAACCUUUUCCCUGAGGCUGCAUUAGGACUCUCUCUCCCUGUCCUCAAUGUUUUCCUGCUUUCACUGAGCUGAUCAAAUUCACCGACUGUUCAAGAACUUUGAUUCAGGACUGAUUUCUUUAGGUUCUUGAACGUUUUAUGGUCUGUUCAGUGUCCUGUGAUCUGCUUUCCUGCUUUGUUUUGCAUGUCUGAUAACUGUCAGUCAUCUGAUUUUAUAGUUUCUUCCCUCCUGUCAGUAAGAAUCAGGCGCAAUUUGUCCUAAAGCUCAUCUUCAGUUAACGGGUAGUCUUAAUGCACAGUUCUUCUAGACCCUGAAGCUUUUUUUGGACCAGUUCAGUUUUGAAUUUUAUGUACAAAUGUACAAUUUUUAAUACAGCAAAAGAAACGAUGUGCUUUACUCGUGAAAUUGUGAACAUGUAAAUAAAUGCAAAACGCCUGUUCAUCAGCAUGUUAUAUUUCUUUGUACACCACUGGUUCACUCCAAUAAUACCUCAGUUUGUUUUUGCUCUCACAUGCUAUGCACAGGAUGUCUGAAUUUUUCUGUUUUAUUUGAACGCUUUUGUUUCCUUCCAGCUCUGUUCAUAGUUCAAAUAAAGACGUUUUCUGAA